AUGGUGAAUCCAACAGCUGCUCGUUCGUCCUCGCAAACACAUUUUCCGUCCACUUUCAGCUCGACUUACUACGUUGAUGUGAUGGAACUUAGCUCGAGCCCAGCCGAUAUUGAGUCAUAUGCUACCUUCUGGACAGAUCUGAAACUUAGCCAAGCACACAGGCUUUGGGGUUACGUCGCUAUUUGCCCGUCAAGCAGGUUUUGCAUUGCAUUGUCUCUCCGUGCGCUGUUUUUGCGAUUGGUCAAGACCCUUGAGUUUAUGAGGCCACGUCCCCGAUAUCUUGUCUCGAUCGAAGAGCAGCAAAGUCCGAUCGGCCAUCUUUGA